UAGACACACCCAAAUACUGCACAAGCAUGUAGAACAGGAUAGAAAGAAUUGAGAAGACUAAAAUAAAUAAGUCAAACCGCCAACUAACACUAAACUCAGAGCAGCUGAUGAAACUUAGGUCCAGAGAUAGAUUUGCAUAUGCCAACCAGUUCAUAGUUCGGCUCUGCAAAUGGUAAAACAAGAGAGCAGCACGGCUUCUUGGCCAGUGGAGGGCUUCAAGUCAUCCCAAUUAGCGCCCACCAACGGCUACUAUUGCAUGGAGCCGCUUACAUCAGAAGCAGCUUCUCAUAGUUAUGUUUGACUUCUACAGUGUCUCAUGCUUUGGGGACGUGGCAGCGGUGCUUUGGCGUGCAGUCCGAGCUGGUGGAGACGUGGAGCACACACGGAGUUCAAAGCUAACGGCCCCAUAUGCGCACGAGUGGAGGUCCUGCUCCUACAGGCCGUGCCGAUGGAGUCAAAUCUGAUCCUCUGCGGGCCUCGUUGACCUGUGCCAAGGGCAUGGCGGCAGAUCAGGCUGUUGUGCCCAUCCCUCGCCACCAAGGGAGGGAUGUGCUCCAACUUCCAAGGGAUAGAGCCUGCCAUGUCAAUCCUCAUGUAUCGGUUGGUGGAAUUAUGCUUGGAGGCCCUGGCCUCACCGGUACACCGAAUGGCACUGGUGAGGCAUGGCAGCGGAUGCCUGUCAGCAGUCAGCUCCAUAACAAGAAGGGACAGUUCACAGAGAAAACAGAGGCAGGUGACACCGUAAGGUGUUGUUGGAACUUCCAGGUUCUUCAGGUGUGAGUUAUGGAAUUUCAGAACAGGCCCUGAUCUGACUGUGCUUUGAUUUUAGUGAUUUGAGCAGGUUAGUGCCAACAUAUAGUUCCUCUUACACUUAUAGCACACGGUCCAUUGAUAUUUUGCAUGAACCUCAUUUUUUUUACCCAUCACUGUAAUAGUGGCAAAGGGUGAAACAAAAUAUGGUGUUACUAAUUAUUUUGUUUGCUUCCAGAGUUGCAACACAAGAUAUGGAUCAUUUCAUCACUUACUUUGGAUUGUUUGAAGUAGUAGAAUAGAAUGGAAUGAACGAAGGGCAGAUGAUGAAUGUUGAAUAAGAUCAUAUUGUUUAAGACUGCUUCCUUUUGUUAUUUUGUUGCAAGAUUUAAGUUUGAGAGCACAAAAGCACCAGCAGGAUUGCUUUUUUUAAUAAAUUCAUCUAGCAUUUUAGAGCUAUCCUAUGAAUGCGCCAGACUAAGUGGUACUUUCUAUUAUUUCUAUCCUAUUGCUGAUUUGCUAUGUUAUGCCCAGGUCUGCUGGCCAGGUGUAUGAUGACUUGAUGACGCUGAAGCUAAGACAAUUAUUGUUUUCCUUGUUGGGAGCCUGUUGAAGACUUAUCAAUGUAACUAAACUGUCAGUUCAUUGCUUAUGAAAAUGCUACAAUGAGAUAUCUAACUACUGAUAUUGGAGUUGUCAUAUCAAGUCAGGAAUAUCUCAGUGCAAACACUCUUGUCACCGCCAUUUUGAUCUUCCUAUUCUAGAGGCUCGGAUAUUUUAUGGCAGCCUAAUAAUAGCUUACAUACACCCUAUACAUCAAAUAAGAUGGAACCUCUAUGUCACAGAUAUAUCACCAUGGAUAUACAGUUUGCGAAUCAAAGUUAGGUCAGACACAUUGCUGUUCCUAUGCAACAGGAAGCAAGUUGCAGCUACCAUUAGGUUAUUUUCAAGAAUUAGAAGAAACUGAUCCAAUGAA